GCGGAUGAGUAGAAAGAACCUCUCUCCGUCGACCCUCAAACCCCCGAGCAACCUCCCUCCGCGCAGCACGGUGGCGCCGGCGCCGCCUCCAUCGCAGCCAGACUUUGGCUGAUUUCUCGUUCGGAUCGUCGCCGAUCUCCGAUUUGCGUUGCGCAUUCUGGUCUGCGAGCACUCGAGUUUCGCUUCGCGUGGCCCCUCCCUACGUAGCUUCCGGCGUGGCGAUAUCGUGCUUUCUUGAGUAGAAAAUUGGCUCUGAUUGUAGGGAAUGCGGACGGCCUCAUGGGCGACCGGGAAAGGCAUAGGAUCUUGAUGGUGUGUGAUUUCUUCUACCCCAACUUUGGAGGUGUGGAGAGUCAUAUAUACUGUCUUUCUCAAUGCUUGUUGAAGCUGGGACACAAGGUGGUGGUUCUGACGCAUGCGUAUGGAAAUCGAUCUGGCGUGAGAUACAUGACUCAUGGAUUGAGGGUUUAUUACAUUCCUUGGAGACCAUUUCUCAUGCAGAACGCUCUGCCAACAUUUUACGGGACGUUGCCGAUCAUGAGAACCAUCCUCGUUCGGGAAAAAAUCACGCUGGUGCAUGGACAUUCAGCUUUCUCAACUCUUUGUCACGAAGCCUUGAUGCAUGCGCGCACAAUGGGUUAUAAGGUUGUUUUUACUGACCAUUCACUAUACGGUUUUGCUGAUGUUGGCAGCAUUCACAUGAACAAGGUAUUGCAAUUUACUCUAGCAGAUGUGAGUCAGGCCAUUUGUGUAUCUCAUACUAGUAAGGAAAAUACGGUUCUUCGGUCAGGGCUUCCACCGGAGAAGGUCUAUGUUGUACCUAAUGCGGUGGACACAGCCAUGUUCACACCUGCUCCAGAGAUUCCCAGAAGUAAUGAUGAAAUUGUCAUCGUUGUUGUAAGUAGAUUGGUUUACCGGAAAGGUGCGGAUUUACUGGUUGAGGUCAUUCCAGAAGUAUGCAGAUUGUAUCCUCAUGUACGGUUUGUGGUUGGGGGUGAUGGACCUAAACGAGUGAGACUGGAGGAAAUGAGAGAAAAGCAUUUCCUUCAAGACAGAGUGGAAAUGUUGGGUGCCAUACCUCAUUCUCGUGUACGCUCUGUAUUGAUUUCUGGCCACAUUUUCUUGAACAGUUCUUUAACAGAAGCAUUUUGCAUAGCCAUUUUAGAGGCUGCCAGUUGUGGACUAUUGACUGUCAGUACACGUGUUGGGGGAGUGCCAGAGGUUCUACCAGAUGACAUGGUUGUACUUGCAGAACCUGAUCCUGUUGACCUGGUGCGAGCAAUCAAGAAAGCAAUUACUAUACUUCCCACGAUUGAUCCACAAGAUAUGCAUAAGCGUGUGAAGAAGCUCUAUGAUUGGCAUGAUGUUGCUAGAAGGACAGAGAUCGUAUAUGACCGUGCUAUGAAAUGCCCCAAUCAAAAUCUUUUGGAACGGCUCGGCCGGUACCUCUCAUGUGGAUCCUGGGCUGGCAAGCUGUUUUGCUUGGUCAUGAUCAUCGAUUUUUUGUUGUUUCGUCUUUUGCAGUUAGUUCAGCCUGCGAAUGAUAUUGAAGAAGUUCCCGAUAUGGUGAUGGCCCUCGGUGAGGGUAGCAGUGCAGGAGAUGAUAUUCCAGGGCAGAGCUCAAGACGAUGGUCGACCACUUGUUAAUGGCCUCAUUUUUUUUAUUUGUCGCUAUGUGAAACUCACACCUUUUAGAUACUUCGGACAGAGAGACCUCAAGGAAUUUUGUCAAUAGGUGAAGUGCACGCCUCUCGAGAUGUUCAAUCUCAGAUCUUGCGUUUAGUCCGUUCAUGGAUUUAAUGUAAAGACACCUAAUUACUGGAAUCUCUUGUACGUUUAGGACGUGUACGGGGUAAUACUGGUAGAAUUAUUCGUACA